AUGACUGAUUGCAGUAUCAUCACCAACGGCCUCACCAAUGCGCUCAAAUUCUGCAAUAAUGGCGACAUUGUCAUCUCCCUUUCUACCGACUCUUCCCAUAUCAUCCUGGAAGUCCGCGAUCAUGGUAUCGGGAUCGACGAGCACUCCCUCCCGCGUCUCAUGCAGCCCUUCACCAAGAUGGACUCCAACUCCCCCGGCGCCGGGCUCGGGCUGUACAUCACCAAGGGGCUCGUCGAGAAACUAGGCGGGGAUCUCACCCUGCGCUCAGCCAAAGGUCACGGAACGACCCUCGUCGUCCAUCUACCAUUGACGCUACUAUCCCCAUCCACUCCCGGUGACCUUCCAGUCAUCCGAUACCUUCACGGGGGACCAACACAUCCUACCCCGGCAUCCCGUUCCUCCAUCUCCUCAUCCGUUCCUCCUACGCCCAAGCUCGACUCUCCCCCAAUACGCGUUCUCGUUGUCGACGAUAACGCUGUCUGCCGGAAAAUCCUCCGUAUGGCCUUUGAGCGCUCUCACACACCUACCAUCAUCGAAGAAGCGGAGAACGGCCAACUCGCUCUCGACAAAUUUACCACCUUCUCGCCCGAUAUCGUCAUGACCGACGUGUCCAUGCCUGUCAUGGACGGUAUCACCUCGGCGGGACGGAUGCGCGAGCUACUCAGUGCCGCUCCUCCGCGUAUCUGCAAGAUUUACGCGUUGACGGGGCUGGGGUCGUCAGAUCCCCGCGCGCAGUCACUGGGGGUGAACGGAAAGGCGGCGCUGGACGGGUGGCUGGUCAAAGGAAAGGAUAUGCUGGAUGCGGUGUAUAAGAUUCUGGAUGAGUACGGGGUGGAGAUGGGAACGGGAAGAAUAUCGAGGGCUUGA